UUAUCUCAAAUGAAACCUCGAGAUGACAACUUCAUCUAGUAUUUAUAUGCCUAGCUAGAAGUUACUUUCAUUGCAUUCUACAUAUUCACUGUCAUGGGAAAAAGCAUGAAGUCUGAAGUUGAGCAGCCCUUGUUGAUUGCUGCUCAUGGGGGUAGCUCCGAGCUCGAGGAGGUGCUCUCCGACACCCAAUUACCCUACUUUCGACGCCUUAGGUAUGCCUCUUGGAUCGAAUUCCAGCUACUUUAUCGGCUUGCUGCCCCUUCAGUUGCCGUCUACAUGAUCAACAAUGCCAUGUCCAUGUCUACUCGGAUCUUUUCUGGCCAACUCGGGAACCUGCAGCUUGCAGCAGCCUCUCUUGGCAAUCAAGGCAUCCAAUUAUUUGCUUAUGGCCUUAUGCUAGGAAUGGGCAGUGCAGUGGAGACGCUUUGUGGCCAAGCAUAUGGAGCUCACAGAUAUGAAAUGCUAGGAGUGUACCUGCAAAGAGCAACAGUAGUGCUUUCCGUAACAGGGAUUCCACUAACUGUGGUGUAUUUAUUUUCCAAGAAUAUACUGCUCGCUCUUGGUGAAUCAAAACUAGUGGCAUCAGCAGCAGCGGUAUUUGUGUAUGGUUUGAUUCCACAAAUAUUUGCUUAUGCGGUGAACUUCCCAAUACAGAAGUUCUUGCAAGCCCAGAGUAUUGUUGCUCCCAGUGCUUUUAUUUCCCUGGGGACUCUAUUUGUACACAUAUUGCUCAGUUGGGUUGUUGUAUACAAAAUUGGACUGGGAUUGCUAGGGGCGUCGUUGGUGCUGAGUUUUUCUUGGUGGAUAAUUGUGGUGGCUCAAUUUAUAUAUAUAAUAAAAAGUGAAAGGUGUAAGGCUACUUGGGCAGGUUUUCGAUGGGAGGCCUUUAGUGGAUUAUGCCAAUUUGUCAAGUUGUCUGCUGGUUCGGCUGUUAUGCUGUGCUUGGAGACUUGGUAUAUGCAGAUUCUAGUGUUGCUCUCAGGAUUACUCAAGAAUCCUGAGAUUGCCUUGGCUUCAAUCUCUGUUUGCUUGGCAGUGAAUGGACUGAUGUUCAUGGUUGCAGUGGGGUUCAAUGCUGCUGCUAGUGUGAGAGUGAGCAACGAGCUAGGAGCAGCACACUCAAAGUCAGCAGCAUUCUCCGUGUUCAUGGUGACAUUCAUUUCAUUUCUCAUUGCUGUCGUGGAAGCCAUAAUUGUGCUCAGUUUGCGCAAUGUUAUCAGCUAUGCAUUCACCGAGGGUGAAAUUGUGGCCAAAGAAGUAUCUGAGUUGUGUCCAUUUUUAGCUGUCACCCUCAUUCUCAAUGGCAUUCAACCAGUCUUAUCGGGUGUUGCUGUUGGCUGUGGAUGGCAGGCGUUUGUUGCCUACGUGAAUGUAGGGUGUUAUUAUGGUGUAGGAAUUCCAUUGGGAUGUCUUCUCGGCUUCAAGUUUGACCUUGGUGCUAAGGGAAUAUGGACUGGGAUGAUUGGAGGGACUGUGAUGCAAACUGUUAUUCUGCUUUGGGUUACAUUCCGUACCGACUGGAAUAAAGAGGUGGAGUGCGCCAAAAAACGUCUGGACAAAUGGGAAAACCUAAAAGGACCUCUAAACAAGGAAUGAAGGUGGUGACGAUAAUUACGACUUAGAAUAAUGGGGCAUGAGAUUCAAAGUAAUUCAUGCAGUAUAUGCAAGGGGAAAGAAGUCAUCAACAGUUUACAUCAAUCAAAGGUUUUGGCAUAUCUGCGAAAUUAAAGAGAGAGUCACUUAUCAUUAGUUUAAAUCAAUUAAUCAUUUCAAUUCUGUCAAUUCCUUUGUCUGUAUCUGCACAUUUAUUGAUUGUAUUACAAAGAGCUUGAAAUCAACUACAGUUCUCCAAUUAA